CUCGCCUUCUCUCUCUCUCUCUCUCUCUCUCUCUCUCUCAUUGCAUUGCUUCUCACUCUACUAGAGCCAAAGACGCAAAGGGAGAGAGAGAGAGAGAGAGAGAGAGACAACAGAGAGAAGAAAUUCAUACACGCAAAUUCAAGAACACGCAUCACCAUUCGAAGGCAACAGGGGAUUUGCAGAGGGGGCUCUCUUGUCGUCGUUUGAGGUUGCUUUUGGAUGCAAAACGAUAAUGGGUUCUUCAGGGCAAAGUAGUGGCCAUGAUCUGUCGUUCAAGAUCUUGCUGAUCGGAGACUCUGGCGUCGGCAAAAGCAGCCUUCUUGUCAGCUUCAUCUCUUCUUCUGCUGAAGAUCUCGCCCCAACCAUUGGUGUUGAUUUCAAGAUAAAGUUGCUCACAGUUGGUGGGAAGAGACUAAAGCUGACAAUUUGGGACACUGUUUAUGACGUGACAAGGAAAGAGACCUUUGCAAACUUAUCCAAUGUAUGGGCAAAAGAAGUGGAACUCCAUUCUACUAGUCAAAAUUGUGUUAAGAUGCUUGUCGGGAAUAAAGUUGACAAGGAUUCUGAAAAGGCUGUGAGUACAGAGGAGGGAAUCGCUCUGGCGAAAGAACUUGGGUGCUUAUUCCUAGAAUGUAGUGCAAAAACUAGAGAGAACGUGGAGCAGUGCUUUGAAAAACUGGCCUUAAAGAUUAUGGAGAUUCCCAGUCUCUUGGAAGAAGGAUCAACUGCUGGAAAGAGAAACAUCUUGAAGCAGAAACACGAACACCGAGCACCUGCUAAUGGCAGUUGUUGUUCUCAGUAGGCCGCAUGGUAAUAGAUCCGGUGCCGAAGCUUUAGUUGCGCUCCAAUGGAAGGUGAAAAAUCGAGCAACUUGAGUGGAAAGAAAUCUUCAGAUUCACUCUUGGCCGUGUUAUGAUCUGAUUAUGUAAAUGAUUGCUGCUUUUCUUUUGCCUUUUUCUUUUUCAUGUUUGAUCCUCUUCUUCUCUUGUAAUUUAACCCUGCCGUCGUGGAGUGGCUUUAGUUGUGCCGUCGUUCUAUUGAUGCCCGACUCUGGUUCGUGUGUUAGCUCGUGUACAUUAUUGUCUCACUGGAUCGUGGUUAUGCGACAUGCCCCUGGAACAAGUAUAUUGUAUGUAUAAAUUCUUUUACAUUCAA